UUUGAGAAAUGAGCAUUCACUUCCCUGUUUUGUGCAGUUAGAGCAAAGUGCUCAGAUAAAUCGCAGCGCCGCUUCAUGAACCUGUUGGUGCAAGUCUGACAAGAUGUUUGUUUGAUUUCUGUGAUUUCAGUCGCGUAUGGACACAUGAGUGAAUAUUUCGACAUCAUGUUCAAAAUUUCAGUAUGAAUCUGGAUCUUAGCAACUCCAACAUGUCUGUGGAGUCCAGCGCUGAGAGGCCAGAACAGGGGCCGGUGGAGUACCGCCUGGCCGGUCUGAUCUUCUACUGCUUCGUCUUCAUCGUCGGAGUCAUCGUCAACAUCACUGCCCUGUGGGUCUUCUCUCUCACCACCAAGAGGAGGAACUCGGUCACUGUCUACAUGAUAAACGUGGCGAUGGUGGACCUCACCUUCAUCCUGCUGCUUCCCUUCAGGAUGGUCUACCACCACCAGGACUACUGGCCCUUCGGAGAUAUCUUCUGCCGCGUUAUGGCCGCUCUCACCAUUUUCUACCCCUGCAUCGCUCUUUGGCUGUUUGCUCUGAUCAGCGCUGACCGCUACAUGGCUAUCGUCCAGCCAAGGCAUGGCAAGGAGCUGAGGAAUGUCCCCAAGGCCGUGGUGGCGUGUUUGGGGGUGUGGCUCAUGACUUUGGGCUGCACCGUCCCCAUGCUCUUUUCCGAGCACGACCCCGAUCAAAUCUCCAACUUCACCACCUGCGUCAAGAUGCAAGACAUCGUCUACUUACGCCGUGACAAUGCUGUCAACUUUGCGCGAAUCGUCUUCUUCUUCCUGGUUCCCAUAUGUAUAAUGAUAGGCUGCUACAUCGUCAUCGUGGACAAUCUGAUCCACGGCCGCACCUCGAAACUCAAACCAAAAGUGAAGCAGAAGUCAAUCCGGAUCAUCAUCACGCUCAUAAUCCAAGUGUUGGUGUGUUUCGUGCCUUUCCAUGUGUGUUUAUUGGUCCGUUUGAUCGGGACGGGCCAAGAUGGCGGUUUUAGCACGUGGGCGGUGUUCACCACAUUCCUGAUGAACAUGAGCACAGUGUUGGACAUCAUUCUAUAUUACAUUGUCUCCAAACAGUUCCAAGACCGAGUGAUCAGUGUGAUCCUGUACAGGAACUAUCUGCGGAGUGUGAGACGGAAGAGCCGUCACACAAUGAGCAACGUGACCAGUGCAAUGAUAUGAAACAGCCGUCAAACACCGCGCAUAAAUGUGUUCUGUGGAUUCCCUCAGCCAAAUGUAACACUGCAUGUAUCGCCCAAAUAUAGUUCAUUAUCCAAAGGAUCAAAACUUGCAAUUAAUUUCGAAGGUGUAAUUUACACUCACAGUAUGGGAGUGCUGCUGUUGUGGCAAAAACAUCUGUGUUCAGAGCUGAUUGACUCACCCAUGAGACUUGAGAUGUUUUUUUGUGCAGCUCUGCUCUGGCAGACACAGCGUCGGAGUGUGUGGCUCAGGUGUAACAAACGCAGGCGAAAAAAAAUAAAGCUGGUGAUCGUUUAGAAAAUAGCCCACAGUAUCUCAGUGUUUAAUCUGACUGUGAAUAGAUACUGAAACCCUCCUCAGCCUCCUCACUAUGUCGCCUGACAACCAUAAAGGUCUGACAGCCUCCACAGCAACCUACAGGAAACAAUUGUGGGUUCUUGUUUGCUCUUCUUGUUUGGUCUGUACACCAUGUUUUUUUUUAUCUUCAGCGUUGCAUCACGGCCGAGUAAAUAUAACAUAUAAAAUCUAUAAUUGCAACACAUACAUAUUUAAAGUUGCUGAAAAUGUAUUGACCAGGUGAUGGCAGCAUGGCACAGCGAGAUCCCAUCUCUCUGCCAGAGCAGGAUAGACGAGGAGAGUGCUGGGUUCUUCUGUGUCUUGUGCAGAGUUACUUCUCCCUUUUUGGUUUCUGCAUGUUAUUACGUCUCAAACGUCUUCACGAGAGCAAAUCUUUCGUUUCUCUCUCAAUGCCGUCGACACUCAAAGAGAAGUUAACUACAUCCGUAACGGCUCCCUCAACCAGGACUGAAGUGUGUUUAUGGUGCAUUGCGAAUCAUAUUGAUUAGAUGCUAAAUGAUUCAGUCACCUGAAGUGCAUUUACAGUAACAUCCUCAUGAGAUGUCAGUGAGGUUAUUUGCUAGAUUGAGAGCAACCUCAACCUUAAGAGAGAAAACUCUUUUCUGCACCUGGGAUGCUUUCAUGUCAGGUCUCAGGAGUUAGAAGCAAGAUCCUGAAAUAUAUCAGUUUAUCUACCUACUAAGUUACAAUCAGCUGUAUGUAUGUGGAACGUGGAUCUCGCGAGAUGUUGAUAAUGGCCCUGGGAAGUGCAGUGCCCGAAUUUGGCGCCAUUUGGACCCGUGAUUUGUUCACUAUUAUAAAAGAAAAGGAUAAACAGCUGGCCAGCGCUCUGCAGCAGUUUGGUUCCUCAAAUGACAGACGAGCUAACAUGUACUGAAUGGGUGACGUUUUUUCUGUGUGAAAAACCACUCAUGUUUGAAUGUGACGGCUCUGAGACGUGUCACGCACAAACAUCACAGGAGCUAAAAAUUGAUUUGGUGUUGCCAAUUUCUAAAAUAAUCAACUUAGUGUGUCUUUCACAGCAACACAGUCCUAACUGGAUUAGACAGUGAGUCAGUGUAGCUGAGUAACUACGUAGUGUCUCAGACAAUUAGGAAGUCCCCGUGUCUGUGGUGUAGCCACGUCUACCGUGGCCAUUUUUGGAUCAGUUAUGAUACAACUGAAUAUGCUGUGUUACGAUGAGCUGUUUCUUAAAGUGAGUCUGGUUUUAUUCGUGUUUAAUUCUCACGUCUUUACAAGCAGUUAAAUUCCCACUGAGAUAAGUCAGUGUGCAGCAGCGGUAAAAGGACAAACUGCACUGAGAGUCCAUAUGUUUCCUGAUUGGUUCACACAAUGUUCAUAUGCAAGAAAUGACCAGGGCAUACAGAGGAAGUAGAUUUACAUCGCGUUUAACGGGACGAGGCAGACUCCAAUGUUUCCAUCUCACACGGAAUUCUGGGAAGUGCAGUUCAUCACGCGAUGAUAGCUUUAUUGGCCGGCGGACUCCGAGUGGAUUGAUGACCGGGGGGUCAAAGGUCAAAUGAAACAUCAGAGGGUCAUCUAUCUGUCCCACCUGUUAGACAUCAAAGAAAAACCAGCCGCGCCGCUCACAGCAACUGGCAUUUAAAACAAUUAAGUUUCCUGUCAAGUCCCUGUGAUGAAUUAUCCGGAAGCUUUACCAGCUGUAAUUCUAAAUCUUCCCAACAAGUGCCUUUGUUGUAGAGAAAUUAAUGAAAACAAGAUUGUCUUUCAUAGGAGCUGAUCUAACAGCGCGGCAGCCAGCUGCUCUUCUUUGGGAAUAAAAACAGUCAGCAUUAAGCACAGCUCAGACAAAAUACUUUCUUUUUUUUCUCCCCUACCACUCGUGUGGAAAACAAAUCAGGCGGCGAGCACAGUGGCCAUCUGUUUUGUUAUUUGAUAUGUGUGAAUACAUGUUGUAAUGACUUUGUUUGUGAAUCACUCUGCGCGGCAGAACACACGAGAGCUCUCGAAGUGCUGGAGUGUUCAAAGCUAAUCAUAUAAUUGGACACAAUAGUCGAUGACAAAUGGAGACGCUUGGAGCCAGCCAGCUGGGGAAGUGAAUAUGUAAUCAUUGUAAAAUCAUAUCAUUUUUGCAUAUUUGAAGACAGCUUAAUAGAGUUUGCAUGUCAGUACAGUAUCAAAUAAUGAUGACAGUGUGUCGCUGUAUCUGCUUUUCUGAUUUGUUGGACUAUUACUUUCCUAUUAAACGCGUUUCUAAAGA